AUGGAAGAAGAAGAAAAUGAAGAAACAGUUGGAAAUACCGAUGAUUUUAUUGAUGAUAUUGUACCAUCAUCUACACUUGGACUUUCAUUUGAAAAACGUCGUGAACGUUUAAAUCAAUCUGAUCGUAUUGAUCAAUUAUAUGGAUGUUUACGUUAUACAGAAUUUGAAGAACGUAUUGGUUGGCUUUAUAAUUUACAACCAUGUGAAAUAUUUGAUGAAGAUCGUCGAAGAUUUGUAUCGUCACUUGAUCUUUAUUUUAUUGGUGAAAUAGGUGAUCGAUUUAAAAUUUCAAUUGUAUAUUCACCAUAUUUUUAUGUUGGAGCAAAACUUGGAAGAGAAAAUGAUGUUUUUGCUUAUCUAUCAAAACGAUAUCAUAAUCGAUGUUUAUCAUGUGAUCUUGUGGCAAAAGAAGAUUUAGAUCUUCCUAAUCAUCUAGCUGGGAUUAAACGUACAUUUAUUCGUCUACGUUUUCUUGAUAUUGAUGAUUUAAUAAAAGCUCGUAAAGAAUUACAACCAAUUGUUAAACGUAAUACAGAACGUGAAAAAGAACAACAAUCUCAUCCUGAAUUAGCUGUAUUAUCUCGAAAUCAAUCAGCUAAUUCACGAAGUAGUGAUAUUAUUGUUAAUGGUCUUUCGAAUGCAAAUGUUGCUGGUAAACAAAUUGAUGGAAUUAUUGAAUUACGUGAAUUUGAUGUACCGUAUCAUAUUCGAGUUUGUAUUGAUUUAAAAAUUAAUGUUGGUCUUUGGUAUGGUGUUCGUGGACAAUCAACUAGUGGACCACAAAAUCAACUUGUAUUAAAACCAGAUUUAAUUGAACAGCCUGAACCAAUUGUACUUGCAUUUGAUAUUGAAUGUACUAAAAUGCCAUUAAAAUUUCCAACAGCAGUAUCUGAUCAAAUUAUGAUGAUAUCUUAUAUGAUUGAUACUCAAGGUUAUUUAAUAAUCAAUCGUGAAAUAAUAUCUCAAGAUAUCAAUGAUUUUGAAUAUACACCUAAAAAAGAAUAUCCUGGUCAUUUUCAUGUAUUUAAUGAAUCAAAUGAAUUUGAAUUACUUAAACGUUUUUUUAAUCAUAUUGUUGAUGUUAAACCACAUAUAUUAGUAACAUAUAAUGGUGAUUCAUUUGAUAUGCCAUUUGUUGAACAACGUGCACAAUUUUAUGGUUUAAAUAUGUAUAAUGAAAUUGGAUUUCGAAAAGAUUCUCAAGAUUGUUAUCUAUCACGUCCAUGUAUACAUAUGGAUUGUAUUAAAUGGGUUAAACGUGAUAGUUAUUUACCUGUUGGUAGUCAUGGUCUUAAAGCAGUAACAAAAGCUAAAUUACGUUAUAAUCCAAUUGAAAUUGAUCCAGAAGAUAUGUGUCGUUUAGCUGUUGAACAACCACAAACCUUAUCAAAUUAUUCCGUAUCAGAUGCUGUAGCAACAUAUUAUUUAUAUAUGAAAUAUGUACAUACAUUUAUUUUUGCACUUGGAACAAUUAUUCCAAUGAGACCAGAUGAAGUACUUCGAAAAGGUUCUGGAACAUUAUGUGAAACAUUAUUAAUGGUACAAGCUUUUAUGGCCAAUGUUAUUUAUCCAAAUAAACAUGAAGAUGAACAGUAUAAAUAUACAACUGACGGUCAUUUACUUAUUACUGAAACAUAUGUUGGUGCAAGUGUUGAAGCACUUGAAUCCGGUGUAUUUCGUAGUGAUAUACCAUGUCGAUUUAAAAUUGUUCCUGAAACAAUUCAAUAUUUAAUUGAUAAUAUCGAUCGUACACUUCAACAAUCCAUUGAAAUUGAAGAAAAAUUAUCUAUUGAUUUAAUAGAAAAUUUAUCUGAAAUAAAAGAUGAUAUUCUUCAACGAUUACAACAUUUAAAAAAUGUUCCUAAUCGUCUUGAAAAUCCAAAUAUCUAUCAUUUAGAUGUUGGUGCUAUGUAUCCAAAUAUAAUUUUAACAAAUCGUUUACAACCAUCAGCUAUUGUUGAUUCAACAAUAUGUGCACAAUGUGAUUUAAAUCGUCCAAAUGCACGUUGUCAACGUAAAAUGGAUUGGAUAUGGCGUGGAACAUAUGUUCCAGCAACACGUAAUGAAUUACAACGUAUUCAAUUACAACUUGAAAAUGAACGUUUUUCAUUUAAUGGACAAUCAAUUGAGAAAAAAAUGUUUAUCGAUGGAUCAAAGAAAGGAACAAAUACAGCUAAUAAUAAUAAUAAUACUCCUACUAAUAAUACUUUAUCAUUUCAUGAAUUACCACAAGAAACUCAAAUAUCAAUUGAACGUAAACGUUUAGCUGAUUAUUGUCGUAAAGCAUAUAAAAAAGUGAAUCAUACACGAGAAGAAACUCGAGAAACAACUGUAUGUCAAUGUGAAAACUCUUUUUAUGUCGAUACAGUUCGUGCAUUUCGUGAUCGACGUUAUGAAUAUAAAGGUUUACAUAAAAAAUGGAAGAAAAAUUUAGCUACGGCAGCUAAAAAAGAUGAUCUUAGUGAAGCUAAAAGAUGUAAUAAUCUAAUUGUUAUUUAUGAUUCAUUACAACUUGCACAUAAAUGUAUUCUUAAUUCAUUUUAUGGUUAUGUUAUGAGAAGAGGUGCUCGAUGGCAUCGAAUGGAAAUGGGUGGUAUUGUAUGUACAACAGGUUCAACUAUUAUUAGACGUACUCGAGAACUUAUUGAACAAAUUGGACGACCUCUUGAACUUGAUACAGAUGGUAUAUGGUGUGUAUUGCCAGCAACAUUUCCUGAAAAUUAUGAAUUAAUAACGCGUGAUGAAUCACGUCCAAAAGUUGUUAUAUCUUAUCCAUGCAGUUUAUUAAAUUUACUCAUUAAAGAUCAUUAUACAAAUGAUCAAUAUCAUGAAUUAGUUGACAAAGAAAAACAUUCAUAUGAAAUUCGUUCGGAAAAUUCAGUUUUUUUUGAAAUCGAUGGUCCUUAUUUAGCAAUGAUAUUACCAGCAUCAAAAGAAGAAGGAAAACGUAUAAAAAAACGUUAUUGUGUUUUUAAUAUGGAUGGUUCAAUAGCUGAAUUAAAAGGUUUUGAAGUUAAACGUAAUGGUGAAUUACAAUUAAUUAAAAUCUUUCAAGCUAGCGUUUUUGAAGCAUUUCUUAAAGGAACAACACUUGAAGAAUGUUAUGGUCAUGUUGCUGCUAUUGCUGAUUAUUGGCUUGAUGUGUUAUUUUCACGUGCUAAAGAUAUAACAGAUAAAGAAUUAUUUGAAUUAAUUUCAGAAAGAAGAACUAUGUCAAGAAUGCUAUCAGAUUAUGGAGAACAAAAAUCAACAUCAAUUUCAACAGCUAAACGACUUGCUGAAUUUCUUGGUGAAGAUGUUAUUAAAGAUAAAGGUCUCUGUUGUCGAUUUGUUAUUGCUAAUGUUCCACGUGAUGCACCUGUAACUGAACGUGCUAUACCAUUAGCUAUUUUUCAAUCUGAACAAUCUAUACGCAAUCAUUAUUUACGUAAAUGGUUACGUCUUUCAUCUGUUGACAAUCUUGAUAUACGUGAAAUUCUUGAUUGGAAUUAUUAUAUUGAACGUUUUAGUAGUUGUAUACAAAAAAUCAUAACUAUACCAGCUGCUUUACAAAAUAUUCGUAAUCCAGUUGUACGUGUACCACAUCCUGAUUGGUUACAUAAACGUUUAGUUGAAAAAAAUAGUUUAUAUAAACAAAAACGUAUAACUGAUGUAUUUAAUUCAGUUGAUAAACAAACUCAUUCAGAUAAUACAGAACAACAAUUAUCAAAUGAUAUUGAAGAUAUUGCUGGAAAAUCUAAAACUUCAAUGUCAUCAAUAAAAAUAACAAAAAAACGUAAACGUGAUGAAUUAAAUGAAAAAACCAUUACACGACAAUGGAGAAUUGUUCUUGGUCCACCACCAACAUUUGGUCAAACAACAAGUCAACAUAUUAAAUGGCUUAACUAUCAAAAACGUAAAUGGGAAAUACAACGUGAACAAGCAUCAUCGAAUAAUUCUGAUAAUAAUAAUAUACAAUUAUCAACGAAACCAAAAUCAGCAACAAGUGGUAAAAUUGAUACAUAUAUUCGUCGUGCAGCUGAACAUUUACAUACACGUCCAUGGCAAAUAAUAUCUUAUGAAUUAACUGAUCAACCUGGUUUAUUUAAAGCCUGGUGUUUAGUUGAACAUGAAUUAGUUCAAAUAAAAAUCAAAGUACCAAGAAUAUUUUAUGUUAAUUAUCGUACAUCAAUUGAAAAUAUUUCAAAUCAAACUCAACGAUCAGCUGGUUAUGAACGUGCUAUACAAAAUUGUUCACAUAAAGUUAAUCGUUUAUUACCACGUUGUUCACAAGCUUAUUAUCUAUAUGAAUAUCGUUUAGAUGAAAAUCAUUUUCGUGAUUAUUAUACAGAUAUAAUGACUGAUUUAAGUAAUCCAGAUAUUGAAGGUGUUUAUGAAAUGAAUGUUCCAUUAGAUUUUCGUCUUCUUCUUACACUUGGUUGUAUAUGUUCAUUACGUAAAGAACAUUAUCGAACAAAUAUGCUUUCAAAUUUAUAUGAAUUUGAUGAAUUAGAAUUUUUAUCAUUAUCAGAACAAACAUAUUUACAAGCAGGUUCAUUACAAUGUAUUUAUUUAUAUAUACAUCAAGAUAAUGGAAAAUUAUUUAUUGCUUUAUUUAUACCAAAUAAUUGUCGAGUAUUUAUUGGCAUACUAGAUGAUAUAAGAGAAAAUCGUAUGCCAAAUUUAAAUAAAUUAUUAAAAAAUGAAUGUGAAAAACGACUUCAACGAGGUAUUGAUACAAAUUUAUUACCAAUUAAUGAACAUCAAUUUGAAGUUAAAGUUGAUACAGAUAUACAAAGUAUUUGGAAAAGAUUCAAUAAAAUUAUUGCAAGUUUACGUGAAAGUGAUAUGGCAACUCGUUCUUUACCAAUUUAUUUGGCUAUUCAAUCAAAUAUUCCUGUGCUUGACCUUCAAACAUCGAUGUUAUCAUCAUUAGCUGAUUAUCCAAAAGUAACAUUAUCAAUAAAAGAUAAACCUAAUCUAUAUAAUCAACUUGAUUGGCAACGAACAGCAGCUCGUCAUGCAUUACAACAUUAUGCAAAUGCAAAUAUAAUUCUUGUUAAUAUGCUUGAACAAUGUCGAUAUUUACAUAUUCCAUUAGGAAAUUUUCCAGAUGAUCCAUGUUUAUUUGCAUGUGAUCUAUUUUAUGCUCGACAUUUAGUUAAACAUAAUCAUUUAUUAUGGUGUUCAUUGACAGAUCAACCUGAUUUAGGUGGAAAAGAACAAGAUGAUUAUCGAAUGUUAUUAACAGCUGAUGUUAAUGAUGGUAAUGUAAAUUCAAAUGAUGAAAAUAUAUUUAAAAAUGAUAAUGAAGAAAUUCAUACAAAUAGACAAAAUCAUCCAUUUGAAAUUAAUCAUGCAGGAUUUUAUCCAAUAUCAUGUAUUGAAUUUGAACUUGUUGGUUUAGCAAUAUGUGCUGUAUUGAAUUUUCAAAAAAUUCACGAAGCUGAAGGAUCAAACUUUGAUCUUGGCUUUGGUACAACUGUUCAAAAUCCAUUAGGUGGUCCUGGCGUAGUUCCAUCCAUAAAUAAUACAUCCGUGACAGCAUAUGAUGAAACAUCUCAAUGUUUACCAGCAUUACGUCUUCUUCGACAAAUGGCUCAAAUAUGGUUGCAAGAUGUACAUUCAUAUACAAAUAUAUUUGCUGAUAUGCAAUUGAAUCAUUUCUAUCGUUGGUUACAAUCAACGAAAAGUCUUCUUUAUGAACCAGCACUUAAACGAACUAUUCAAGUUUUUAUGAGAAAAUUACUUGUACAACUACUUGUUGAAUUACAACGUAUUGGUAGUACAACAAUAUAUGGAAAUUUAAAUAAAAUUAUUUUAGCAACUAAACGUUGGUCACUUGUUGAUACACGUUUAUAUAUUAAAGUUAUUCUUGAACAUCUUCAAUUAAAAGAUUUAACAUCAACUAUAUGUUUAGAAUUAAAAUCUAUUUAUCAUUGUUUAUGGUGGUUUGAUGAUAAAAAUUAUUGUGGAUUUCGAAUAUGGUCAAAUGCAAAAGGACAAAUUGAUGAUAAUAUUGAUAAUGAUGAUGAAGAAGAAACGAUUUUUGAUUGGAAUAUGAUUGUUUACUUACCAAGAGUUGUACAAGAUUAUUUCGAAACUAUUAUGAUUGGAUUUGCUCGUUCAAUUUAUGAUCGUCUUCGUGAUGAAUAUAAAGAUGCAACAUCAAUAACACAAACAAAUUUACCUACAAAAGUUCUUGAAUAUUGUCGUGGUCUAUUUACAGAUGAACUUUAUCAACAAUUAAUGUCUGUUACAAAUCAAAUUGAAAGAAAAUUAACAAAAAGUGAUUUUGAUUCAACAUUACCAACACCAUUAUCAAGUACAAGUCCAGCACUUGAAUUUGUUAAAUCUGUGUGUUGUCUUCUAUUUCUAUUACAUGAUAUGCAUGAUGAUGUUAUGAAUCUUCGACGAGAUUUACUCAAAUUACUUAAACUUAGCGAAUAUUCUCAAAUAACAACAACAAAUCUUUCAUCAUUAACAUCAUUUAUUAUUCCACAACUUGUUUGUUCAAAUUGUAAUCAUUAUCGUGAUAUAGAUUUAUAUCGUGAAAUAAAUUCAACAACAGAUAAAGAUUCUGAUGAUGAACAACAUCGAGAAUAUCAAUAUACAUGUAAUCAAUGUCAUACGACAUAUGAUCAAACAGUUAUUGAACAAUAUUUAUUAAAUCAUUUACAAACACUUCUAUUAGAAAAUGUUCUUCAAGAUGCUAUUUGUAAUAAAUGUCAUUUUGUUCGAAAUGUUUAUUAUAAAGUUUAUUGUGAUUGUGGACAAUUAUAUCAAAAUUUACAUACAACAAAACUUUUAUAUGAUACAUGUAUUAUAUUAUCACAAAUUGCAUCUAAACAUCAAAUGACAACUCUUCUACAACAAAUACAAUUUCUUAAACGACUUAAUCAUUGGAAUGAUUGA